GAUAUUCGAUUCUGCCUUUACCAUAAAUCAAGAUGGCUGCGCUCUGUUUAUGUUCUUUGAUUCGAUCAUUCAGAAAAUGUCGACAGAGUUUCUUGUAGAAUUAAUGUGAAAUCUGCCAAUGUCAGAAGUCAUUCAUCAUAAGUAUUGAAAUAUAUUUCGUGAUGCGUUUGCUUAAAAGUUUGCUGUUGCGAAAAUCAUUAUGUUCCCUUCAAGUGGAUAUUUUCGUGGUGUGAACUGCCCGUUCUACGCCAGUGGUCUCUGUGAAAGACCUUACUGCCAUUUUCGACAUGCUAAAGUAGAAGAAAAGAAGGAGCCCCUGAGGAACGAAAAUGGUCCGAGUUACUCCACCUCAGGCCCCAGCUCGUACUCCAGCGCCCCCUACACAUCGGGCUUUGGUCCAGAGGACGUGGAGAGGUACUCAACCUCUGAGCCAGCACAGACCUCCGGGGCAGUGGAAGCCUACAGCACUUCAGGCCAGAGCAGUGCAGGCCAGGGAUUUCUACCUUGCCCUAUUCCUUCAUUCUCUGGCUCUUGGAAGGAUCUGCCGCAGUCCGGAAGAAGCAGACAAGAUUCCCCUGAACUGCUCCCUCCGAUAUCUGGACUUCCAAAAGCUCGAGUCAAAGAGAUCAGAGGCUCCAGUGCCCCCUCGUAUGAGCCCACCCCAAAAGUCAAGAUUCAGCCAGCAGUGAAAAACGGCGUCCCAACGUACCAGCCAACGCCAAAAUCAAAACAUGGGGAAGGAAGAGCUCGCCCUAGCCACUCUCUAGAAUACGACCCUGUGAGCAACUUUGCUUUUCAGCAUCAACAGGACUCGGAGGAAGAAGAUGAGAGUGCCAGUAAAGUUAGUGCAAGCGAGAGUGUCCGUGGUGCUAAUGGCUGCCACCAGGGGGAGGCCUCGGGCCGUAUGGCCGUCGCCAGUGAGGAGGAGGAGGGGGAGGAGGAGGAUGUGUCGACCCAGCAGGAAGUGGAAGACGCUGAUGGUGGAGAAAACAGCGCAGUGCUCGGUGAUGGCGGGGACACGGAGAGUUCCCACGCGGCCCGUGCAGCGACGAGACAGAGUUCAACAGCCGUGCCGAGCUAUGCAGAACUGCUAACUCCUUCGUCCUACUUUAAGAACGCGCUCAGUGGAUACGGGAAUGGGGGAGUGGAUAAACCGCCAGACUCGAAGUCUCCUCCAACGAGUGUUCGGACGAGGUCUGUGGACGAGCCACGCUCCCGGCAACAGCUGUCAGUAAACCGCUCAGUGUCUCACAAUGGUGGCUUAUCGGGAAACACUAAAAAGACUUUGUCUCAAACUGAUCAAGCGCAUAAUGACUCUAGAUCUUCUUCCAAGUCUCAUCAUUCUUCUUUAUCAUCAUCAUCUUCAUCUUCCUCAUCGGCCCAUGUACCUAAACAGAUGAAAAGCGAGACCGGUUCAUCAUCAAAGAAGUCUUCAGUCUCACAAAGGAAAUCAGUGGAGAAAAAAUCAUUACAUACAGGGAGGGGUAGUACUAAAGUGUCCAAUUCAUCAUCAUCUUCUUCAUCAUCAGGUUCUAAAACAUCAUCAUCAUCAUCAUCUUCGAAAUCAGGUUCUAAAACAUCAUCAUCGUCAUCAUCUUUGAAAACCCCUCAUCUAAUUUCGUCUUCAAAAGAAUGUGAAAGAAGGCGGCCGUCUACCUCAGAUUCCCACCACAGAUCCCACUCCGGCGACCGGGCGGCUGGUGACACUUGGCCUUCUGGAGAGGACGACAAAGGAUCUUCCAAAGUGUCGGGAAAUCAAAGCAGUUCCUCCUCCUCCCAUUGGUCCAAGUCCAGGCAGGGUGGCAGGUCAGCGGAAAGUGGACGGUCAAGUUCUGAGGUACGGCACGGUUCCUCUAAGGGAAAACACGGGCACAGCUCCUCCUCCCACCUGGACGGUCAGAGGAAGGAGGGGAAAAGUCCACGGCACAAGGAUCCCAAAGUCCAGCAGAAUGGAGGUGUUCCGGAGGUGAAGACAGAGAGGGGGGACACUGCUGGGAGUGAGGGGAGGGGCCAGGGUGGGGAGAAAGUUAGUAAGAAAGUGUCGGGGAGCCAGUACUCUUCUGUCGCUUCCAAAGGACACUUGGUCAAAAAGGAAGGGAAAGAAAGCAGUGUUCGACCAACAGAGAAGAUGUUGAGCCAGACUUCAAAGACAGGCUCUGGCAAUACCGACAGGAAAGUGGCGGGCAAGUCAGUGAGUUCAGCUCAGCGACGUGUUAGUCAAGUGAAUUCUCAUUUGUUCGGGGACAACAGCGCCCUCUCGGGAUCCGACUCGGAUGUGGAAAUAGUGGAGCCACCGCCCCAGCCUCCCCCGGAGAUCCUGGAGCUCAGCGACGAUUCUGACAACGAAGACAGCACUGGGGGCUUCCCCGAUGAUGUAGAUCUGGGGUCCGAUUCCGAUACCUUUGACGAAUGUUUGAGGAUUUUUCAGGAAAAUGAAAGAAAGAUGGCAAGAGAGGCACUGCAGAAGAAAGUGAAGCUGGAAACGUUCAAAGAAGAGCCGUCAAGAUCUGGGUCGUCCGCGGGGAGUUUAUCGGCUGCUGCCGCGACUCUCAUCACACACCAGAGGAAGCGGGAAGCACACCACCCAGGCACGCCCACCAAAGCCACACCCACCCAGGGCAGCGUUCAGUCGGUCACUAGGUCACCGCGGUCGUUCUACGCCAAGGACAGGAAGCUGGCCGGACAGCAGAUGCACGGGACCACUUCCUCCGUGGCAGUCCCGCCCACCAAGCAGGUUACCGUGGCAACCACCGCCUCCAAGACGGAAAAGAGGAAAGCUCAUGAACCCACCAUG